GGCCUUGCUCUGGCGGCGACUACUCACCGCCUCCACCCUUGCGGCGACCGUGUUCGUUGUGUACGAUGGGACCGGGUUGCGUAGCGUUUUGUUGUUUAUUAGUUGAGUUGCGGAUACUCUCUUGUACGUACUCUGUAUUCCACUGUUGCAAUGGGCCGUGUUUCGUAUGGAUGUUACGGCGUUGAGUGAAGUGAAUGACCAAGCCUGACCGCGACAAGACCGCGACAACAAAGACAGCGGCAGCAGGGCAAAACAGACAGACAGACAGACAGACGGGGUGUAGUUCGUUGUGCAUUUACUUUUUUAUCUUCACUCUUUCUUUCUUCUUCUUCUUCACCCCUCCUCUCCUCCUGUGCUUUUCUUGCCCUUCACUCUCUACUCCACCGCCGUUUCUCUCUCACAUUCUCCCACACUCUCCCACACUCUCCCAUACUCUCCCAUACUCUCACUCUCACUCUCACGCACUCUCGCUCCUUCUCUUCCAUUUACCCCCUCUUCUUCCCUUUCGUUUCCCUACAGUCAGACUGCACAUCUGCCAUCGUGUGCCUCCCCUUCCUUCCAACGGCGGCCUAUCUUAUUUCAUUCCUCUUUCCCCAAUUACAGCUUCAAAAUACCAUUGUGCAUCUGCACCGUUGGACAUAAAGCCCCGAUAAUAUACCGUUCAGGUCCAUUCCUCAUCGGAUCUGUCAGUGUGAACCAGCAACUCUUUUACUUCACACCGCUUCGCUUCCUUUUCCCCUUCCUUUCUUUAUCAUUAGUCUUCCCCACUCCUUUCUUUCUUUUUGCUCGCAGCCAACACACAAAAAAAAAAAAAAACAAU